GGCUCGUCGCGGCGUGGUGACGCGGCGGCGGGGCGCGGGGAGGAUGGGGCUGUGAGGGCGGCCGCCGCGCCGGACACCCCGCGCCGCGCCGAGCGGGAGCAGCGGGUGCCGCGCUGGGGCUGUGGGCCGUAACAGGUCCCGCCACUUUGCUUUGCGAGCCGGAGGAGGCGCUCGUGCAAAAGUAAAUAUCAAGAUGAGUAAAAAGCCUCCAAAUCGUCCUGGAAUCACAUUUGAGAUUGGUGCUCGUUUGGAGGCACUGGACUACUUACAAAAAUGGUAUCCAUCUCGUAUUGAGAAGAUAGAUUAUGAAGAGGGGAAGAUGUUGGUCCAUUUUGAACGUUGGAGUCAUCGCUACGACGAGUGGAUUUACUGGGACAGCAAUAGGUUGCGGCCCUUGGAGCGACCAGCAUUAAGGAAAGAAGGGCUGAAAGAUGAUGAAGAAUUUGUUGAUUUUAAACCUGGAGAAGAAGUCCUAGCUCGUUGGACAGAUUGUCGAUACUACCCUGCAAAGAUUGAAGCAAUUAAUAAAGAAGGAACAUUCACAGUACAAUUCUAUGAUGGUGUUAUUCGAUGUCUUAAGAGGAUGCAUAUCAAAUCUAUGCCAGAGGAUGCAAAAGGGCAGGCGCGCGAGAGGGAGCAGAUAGCGCCGGAGCUGAGAUUAGUCACGGAAAUCGAACCAAAAGAAGAUUGGAUAGCUUUGGUCAAAGCUGCUGCAGCAGCAGCAGCCAAGAACAAAGCAGGAAGUAAACCUAGAACCAGUGCAAACAGCAAUAAAGAUAAAGAGGACAGAAAAUGGCUAAAAGUUCCUUCAAAAAAAGAAGAAACCUCAACCUCUACAAUCAUGCAGGACAUCCAAAAAAAGGAAGAGGAGCCAACAUCUAGUGACACAUUUGUAGGUUUUCCUGUAGUGGAUGUUCCAAAGAUGGCCUUUGUGCAGGCAGAGAGCACGUUAUCACACAAGAGGAAAAGUAAUCUAGGCAACUCAUUUCAGGCAAAGAGAGCUCGUCUUAACAAGAUCACUGGUUUAUUGGCAUCCAAAGCUGUUGUUGCAGAUGGCGCUGAAAAAAAAGAAGGCAACAAAGAAACAGCUCCAGUCCUGGAGCAGGAGAUUUCACCUAAACCACAAAUUCAGAAAAAAAAUGAAGCUGAUAUUAGCAGUUCUGCCAACAAUCAGAAACCUGCACUGUUAUCCUCAACUUUGUCUUCAGGAAAGGCUCGCAGCAAGAAAUGCAAACAAGAAUCUGGAGAUUCUUCUGGGUGUAUAAAGCCCCCUAAAUCGCCACUUUCCCCAGAAUUAAUACAAGUCGAGGAUUUGACGCUGGUCUCACAGCUUCCUUCUUCUGUGAUAAAUAAAACUAGUCCAUCACAGCCAGUGAAUUCCCCUAGAUCCUGCAAACAUAGCCAACGGAGAAGACGAUCACAGCGUUUAGCCACUUGCUCCUUGCCUGAUGAUUCUGUAGAAAAGUUUUCUUCUCCCUCUUCAGUUACUGAUGGAAAAGUGUUCUCCAUCAGUGGUCAAAAUCAACAGUCAUCAAAACUGGAGGUACCUGAUGUUGCUCAUGUAUCACUUGAGAAGCGUGGACCGUGUCUCCCUCUUGAUUUAAGCCGUAGUUCGGAAGUUACACCGCCAUUAUCCACAGAAUCCACUUUCCAUAACGAAUAUCCCAGUAAAGACAAGGAAGAUACUCAGAUGAUUACAUAUCUUUCUUCCAAAGCAGUAACUGAUGGAAGAGUAGCUACAGGAGCGUCAGCACCCUCGUCCCAUGUACAUACCUUGCAUCUGGAAAUGCCUUUAACCAAUAGUCUAAGGUUGCCCAAAGGGAAUAGUAAAAAAAAGAGGUCUUCCACAUCAGUGAGCUCUGAAGGGACAGAGAUACAGUGCUCUGUGCCCAUAAAGGAGAAGUGUUUUGAGAGUCUGAAGGAGAAAAUAUUAAAGAACGUGAUUGAGAAGGACAAGCAUUCAGAAGUUGGUGCAGCAAGAAUGGAAAGAAAAGGAAAAGUGGAUGAGAAAGUUUCUUCAACAUAUGGUAAAAAGAAAGAAAAGGAAAAGGAGAAAAAAGACAAAAAAGAGAAAGAUCAUAAAUCAAAACAGAAAAAGAAGAAGAAAAAAAAGAAGAAAUCUAAACAGCAUGAUUAUUCGGAUUAUGAAGAUAGUUCUGUUGAAUAUUUGGACAGGUGCUCCUCCCCAUUAACAAGGUCUUCAGGGAGCUCUCUGACUUUGCGCAGUAUGUUCUCAGAGAAGAAUACAUCAUACCAGUAUCCAAGAGCUAUCUUGUCUGUUGACCUUAGUGGAGAAAAUCUUUCAGAUAUGGAGUUCUUGGAUGAUUCCUCUACUGAGAGUUUGUUACUUAGUGGUGACGAAUACAAUCAGGACUUUGAUUCAACUAACUUUGAAGAGUCUCAGGAUGAAGAUGAUGCUCUCAAUGAAAUUGUUAGAUGCAUCUGUGAACUGGAUGAAGAAAAUGGCUUUAUGAUUCAGUGUGAAGAGUGUCUGUGUUGGCAGCACAGUGUAUGUAUGGGACUGUUAGAGGACAGUAUUCCAGAGCAGUACAUCUGUUACAUCUGCAGAGAUCCACCAGGAGAAAAAGGUCAUUCACAAUGUCAGUAUUUUAAAGUGUAUUGGGAUAAUGGGCAGAAAGGAGAUAGACAGGGUAUUCUCCUGAAAGGUCAGAGAUGGAGUGCCAAAUAUCUUUAUGAUAAAGACUGGCUAAACAAUGGACACAUGUGUGGUUUAUCAUUUUUGAAAGAAAACUACUCUCACCUUAAUGCCAAAAAGAUUGUGUCAACACAUCACCUGCUAGCAGAUGUAUAUGGUGUAACUGAAAUAUUGCAUGGACUGCAGUUGAAGAUUGGGAUAUUAAAAAAUAAGCAUCACCCAGACCUUCAUCUCUGGGCUUAUUCAGGGAUGCGAAAAGAACAAGAACAAGUAACUGUCGGGGUAGAGAAAAAAUCAGUGACUUUGCCAGAUUCUGUUAAUCCAACUGAAAGGACAUGUCGCAGUCAAAACCAUAAAGAGCCACCCAGUAUACCCCAGAAGAUGGAAGAAACAUACAUCACAAGUGAGCACAGUUACCAAAAACCACAGAGUUUUGGUCAAGACUGCAAACCAGUCACUGACCCUGUGAGUUCAGAUGAUGAAGAUACAAGUAGUUUUGAGGAAGAUCAGGAAUUUCACACAGAUAAUAAAAACUGUUUACAAUAUUCUUUUAAAGAUGAUGGCAUGAAUGAGCAGAAGAAUCCUGCUGAAGGAAACACUGUGUUUGUUUGUAAUGAAAGAAGAGGCUCAGAAGAACAAGUGGAUACACAUCUUCAAUGGCAGCUAAAUCUCCUUACCCACAUAGAGAAUGUACAGAAUGAAGUCACCAGCAGAAUGGACCUGAUAGAAAAAGAAGUUGAUGUGUUGGAAAGCUGGCUUGAUUUCACUGGAGAACUGGAACCACCAGAUCCUCUGGCAAGGUUGCCUCAGCUCAAGCGACGUAUCAAACAGCUCUUGAUUGACAUGGGGAAAGUACAGCAAAUAGCAACACUUUGCUCUGUAUGACAAAAAGGAAGAAUAAAGAAAUGAAGAUAGGUUCCUCACAGUGAAUUUUCUUUCUAGCCACAAGACUGACAGGAAGACAGUAAAAAGCUGAGCAUUUAUCUGGUUCUUUUCUGAUUAUGUUAGUAGCCUAAAGCUUUAGAGGGAAGAGGGGAAACUCUCAGAUUUUUCCGUGUAACAGAUUUCCUUCCUGUGUAUUCAGUAUCCAAGCUUCAAAAUGUACCACUGCAUUCUGAGAAAUGUUGAUGUGAUUUUAAGAUGUUAAACAAGAUGAAUCCCCCCCAUGCAAGAUAGCUGAACAAACUAAAACUAUGAAGAACAAUGCUACUGUUUUGAAGCCUUUGGCAACAAAUUAUAAAUCAGCAGAAUUCAGCUGACUAAAAGUUCUUGGGAACUGCUUUUUUAGUGAAUUGCUAGUUAAAGGUAGGCCCAGAGACCUCUGUAUGCUCUCUGCAAGGAAAGUUUUUUUAGGUGUUUUCUUCUAUGAAUGGUCAGGAAAAUGAACUUGCUAGUUUGGAGUUUUUUGAAAGAAAUUGCUUAUCAUGGUCUCCUUCUUCAGAUAUUUUUUUAAAUAGAUAUCCUUAUUACAGCACCCUUAGGCUCCUUUAAAACAUAAGUGGCAAAUAGUAGUCAGAUGUGCCAAAUAGCAUUAAAAACACUGGAAUGAGAGUUUUGAUUAUGAUUUCCAUUAAGUUUUUUUUCCAAAGUCCUCCUCGGUGCCAUCAAUCCAUCCAAAACUGUAUCUAGUUUAUAAUUUUUGUUUUAUGUUCUAUUGCAGUAUCCAGGAUUCAAGGUAUAAUUUUUGUCUUGGGUAGUUCUGUUCUGGUGUUGGCCCUCUGAAAUUUUACCAUCCUCAGCUGGGUUGAGGAAUGACAAGAGCAGCAAAAGUGCCUGUGGCUGUGGAUAUAGUAAACCACUAGAAUAAAUAUCACAAGAUACAUUCUCCAAAAUGUUUUUGGUAAAACCUUUCGGCUUCGGUGAACAAAAUGUCACAAAACCAAAGGCAACCUACUUACUCUGUUAGCUCUUGCUGGAUUUUGAGCCCAGGACUUUUGACCUGUGCUUCUAAGUUGCCGCUGUACCCAGUGCUACAUACAUGUUUGUAUGUGUGUGUUUAUGUGUAUAGGAAUGCAUGUUCAUCUAUGCAUACUAUAUGCAUUUCUAACUACACCCCCCUAGUUUUGUUACAAUAGACAAUAAGAAGUGGUGGUUAACAUGAAGUUACCUUUUAACAAGCAGUUUCUAAAAUUGAAAAUAAUGUAUGUACAGGUUUUGAAAUUUGUAAAAUAUGACUGUUAAAAGGAGGCUAUUUAACUGAUGAUGUUAAGAUACUUGAACAUUUUAUGCCUCACACCUGUUUAUCAGUUCUAGUUAUCUGUAUAAAUGCAUUUUAGAACCGAUAGACAGUAAACUUGAAUUUACCUUUUGAUAAAAGUACAAGCCACUGUACAUUCAGAAAUUAUUUAAAUUUGCAAACACACUGUUCUAUAUGUAAGGUACUGUAUGUAAAACUGUUUAUUAAAACUAUUCUGCAUACUCUACAUUUUCCACUUUUUUCCUGAGCUACACAAAAAUGUCCAAAAAAGAAGUGAUUGUUACACUGUACAGACCAUCCCAAAAAAUCUUGGAAUGCCUUUUUGAAGAUGCAUAAAAUGGAAAAAUGUGCCAAAGAUGAAUUAUCUGGGAAAGACUUUGCAACCAGUGCAUUGAACUUUCAUGAUAAAACCAUUAUUGAGAAUGAAAGCAGCAUGGCUGGUUCGUUGCUAAAAUAAACCUACUCUGACAUUUCCCAUCUGUCUAUCAUAUCUGAAGCGAGUUAUCACUCUUGAUGUCCAAAGCAAAAUGUUAACCCCUGUUACAGAGUGGUUGCUAUUUAAAGUCUUGCCACAUCAAGCUUGUAGGAAUUAUUACAGAGCUGCAUGGUAACAUGGAAGUUAAUUAUGGAAUCAUGUUUGGCAGCUUCAUAACACCGAAAGAAUAUCAGAGCUGAGAAACUGUUGACAUUCUUAUAGCAACUGUUAAGAAGUAAAAAGCUCUUGUGUUACAUACUUGGAUGCUUAAAUAACUGCUUCAAAUAAUAUGAACAGUUGAGUGACCUACUUGCUUUUGGAUAUGUGAGACUUAUAUAUUGUUCACUUGCUGCAUAUCCCUGAAUGUGGUACUGUGUGUACUGUAUAAGAGAAGUGUAAAUCCAGAUGAAUUACUUUGAAACAAAGUGGAGUGUAUUUACCUAAUUUAUACAGCAUACACUGUAGCAAUAUUAUGCAAUGUGUGUGCAUGUGUGUGAUGUAAUAUAAUUGUAAAUGUUACUGAAGGUGGAGGUGGACUGAGAGGUUCCGUGUGGGAGGAAGGAGGUUUUGUUCUUAGUGCAGAGAUGGAGGAAUGGUAUCCUGAGAAGGAAAUCAUAAGGUCAGUUAAAGUUGUCCCUACAGCUUUAACUUGCCUUCUGUUUGUAUAUGUAGCAGUCUCUAAAUUUACACAAGUAUGAAAUUGUAUCCCUCAGGAUCCUGCCUUAUUCAGGAUGGACUGUGGUUACAAAAACAACCUGUUCAGUAUUUUUUUAUCUUCAUUUCUUGUGUAGUCACAUACAAAAACUCCUGCAAACUUUCAUAUCUUCUAAGAAAUACAAUCUCAAUGUCCCUAUGGACAGUGCUGUGAUACAUUGCGUAUUGCUUGAAUGCUUCACAAGCUUGUCUGAGUUUGCUUUCUCAAAUUGUGAUAUUAGUCUGUAAAAUGACAUUAGUUUGAGCCCCAGUUUCUCAAGUAUUCAAAGGUUUGAGAUCCGUUUGAAGUUGUUUGUUGUUUUUUUUCUUUAAACACUUAAGUCAAGUGCCAUAAAAAUGCUGAGUGUUUUGCACAGAAUGUAACCUACAGUUGAUUGCUUUGUUUGCCAGUCAAACUUGAUCUGAUCUGGCUUGUACCAGUAUUUUUUUUAGUUGGCCUUAUCGAGAGAAUCUUUUUCCUGUAGGCAUCAUUUUCCAUCUGUCUUCCUGCUUCCUCCUUAAAUGUGCAUGGGGUCUAUAUGCAGUCUGUUUGUGAUGUCAUCUGUCAGGGAACGAGCUGCAGUUCCUUGUGUUGUAUGCUGAGGGAGGCAGACCCUCUCUGAAGAAGAAAUAGCUCAUCAAGAUGGUAUAGGACUAGUUUUGAUACAUUAUGCACAGAAGGGUAAACUUUGCAAGUUUGCAGCCACCUUUUAGCUUAGUGCAAGCUCUUAGUAAUAAACAGAAGGCAAAUGCCAUUGUACAGCAUCCUUCUGUGAUUUCGCUGGGCUAAAUGGCAAAAUUAGAGACUUUAAAUGUCCAACUUCUUGUUUGAGGGUUGGUGGGUUUUUUUUCUGGUUCUGUUUUUGUUGUUGUUUUUUCGUGGAGGUACCAGGAUGAUAAAUUGCAAAGCCGCCUUCUUGCUGUGACCAUACUGUAGGCAUCUACAUCAGAAAUUCUGUGUUUUCAGCUGCAGUAGGUCAUCAAGCAGUCAAAAAUGAAGUGUAGUUUUGGUAAUGUGAUCAGAUACCAUGUGACAGGUCUGCCUCUGUUUCAGUUACCAAACGGAGGUACUUCAAGUCAUACAGGAAAGAAUUGGUUGAAAGAUGCUUCCUGCUAAUCCUUCUUUUGGGUAGCUGCAAGUUGAGUUGUGCCCAUAUUUUGGAUGUCCUGUCUUAGGUGCACAGGUUUUUGUUCAGCUAUGGUGUAAUUUACGGUGAUAGAAGCCUGUUGUUCUCUUUAAAAUAGUCAAGCAGAGUUCCAGUUUCCUGGAUGGGUGGCAAAGAACUGAACCUGUUCUUUCAUGAAUGCAGUCCUCGUGUGGCUGACAUCUACCUGUCUCUUAUGUUUUCUCUCGAAGCUUCUACGUGUGCUCCUCAUCUUUUCAUUCUGCAGCUCGCAUCUGUUGCUCCUUUUGUUCUUCAAUUUUCUGCACUCUUCAUUCUGCUGAGAUGCCUGCAGGGUUUCACUUCUCUGUUCUUGUGCCCAGUUCUUCCUGACUGCUAUGGGAAGCAGUCCUAUGGAAAGAACUCUCCUCUUCUGUCCUCAGCCUCCAGUGUGUCCUGUGAACUUACACAAUUAGAGUGUGUGUCCCAUGAUCAAAAUCUUCGGCUAUUUUUGCUGCCUUCCUUUAGUGACCCCUUAGGCAAUGAUUACUCCCAUCUGGCUUCUGACUUUAGACUUCAACAAAUACUACAGGAAAGCCUCUCUCUGGCACUGUUGGGCCUUGAGCACUCAAACCUGAAGGCUGAGAUGUAAAUGAGUCACUCAAACACCACAGUAAAACUGCAGAAAUACUUUUGUGCUUGCAAACAAUAAUAUCUUUCCUCUAUAUUUGAAAGGGAACCACAACUCUUUUGUUUGGUGUUUUUUUUUUGUUUUGGUUUGGUUUUGUGUUGUGUUUUUUGUUUGUUUAGUUUUUUUUGUUUGUUUUCCAUCUUUUAAAGUGUCAGUGAAAACAGAUCCUGAACAGAACUGGAACUUAAUGUAAAAAUCAGUAGCAAAAGUAGGCAGUGGGAAGCACGCUACAAGCAGGGGCUUUUUAACAAGUGUGCCAUCAGGCCAGCUUGACUACUUUGCCCUGCUAGUAGUUAUAUGGAGGUGCUACUCUGUAGAGAGGGUGCAUGCAAUGAUGCCAUUCAAACAGUUUAGAAUACUGGAAUCCUAGGUUUUCUCUCUACUUAGAAAUGUUACAGUAUGUGCACCUUAAAUUUGGAGUGCUUACUAAGGUCAGGAGCUUACUCACUUUCAAAAUGCCCAUUGCUAUGCUCACAUUUAAUUAGCAGACACUUCUUUUGUGUUCUGUGUCCAUAUGGCUUUUGAGGAUUGUUUUACAGAGGAUGUUUGAAAUACUUCAUUAAUGGUUUUCAUUAUACUAUGUUAUGUCCUAAGCACUGGGUGUGGGGGUCUGUCUUUAGCAAUAAGUAUUAUACACUAUGUGUAUAUCUGUUUAUGUAUGGAAAACAAAUAUGGAGCAUGUAAUGAUGGUGAAAAUACACUGCACAGAGAGCAGAUUGUGCAUUUGGCAGCCCUUCUGCGCCAGCCUGAACAACCCAAAUGAAAAAUUGAGACCACGUGGAGAAAAUGAACUAGCGUGAAAAGUCAUUCAGGAGUGAAUUUCCCUUUCCAUACACACUGAUCCUGUGUGUAAGCAGUAGAUGAGCCAGCCAUUUUCUGUGGCUUGAAAACCCAAAGCUAGUUCAAUUGCUGUUUACUUCCAAGAGCAGCCUUCCUUCCUUCCUUUCAAACUGGCCAAAGCCGUCUCUGUUCAGCUGUAGCCACAUGCGUCAGUGUAUUGUCACUAAACACUCUGAAAGGCAGCAGUGCACUAUUAAAUCUUCUAUGAGAGAAGCAAAAUACUUUCUUCUGUGAUUUGUUUUUUUAUAAUAGCAAUAAUGUUGACUGCAUUCUAAUACUCACAAUAAAGGUCUGUUGAGAUUGUUA